GAGCUAUUGUAAUUCUCCAAGUCUCACCGAGAAGGACACACGGUACCCCAAAUAUGUCGAAUCAGCCAGAAAACAACCCCCCAGUUGCGACGGUUGUACAGGAUGACGAUGAGCCCGACGAAUGGGACAAACGAAUCUUUAGCACUGGAUGUGCGGAAGAGAACUCGAAAAUGACCGAUUGCUACUUUGAGAAGAAGGAUUGGAGACUGUGCAAAGCAGAGCUUGAUACUUUCAAAAAAUGCUGGAAGAAGCAUCAGAAUGAUCAGAGGACAUCAACGAAGGAUGCUUGAUAUGGCGUAGAUAUUGCAUGGGUGGGAGGAUUGACUGGAAAGACCAUCCAGGACAUGAGGGGCAGAAUAAUUGUAUGAAUUUGAUGAGUAUGGUUCGUGAGAGCCAGGUGUACAUUAUUAUAGACAACAAAAUCCACUUCAUGAGAGAUAAUAGCAGAAAAUUAUCUCAAAUGGUUUUAUAAUUGAAUUUACUCUAUUGUCGUCGAAGGCGGCUUAAAAUCAAUCAUUGAAGA